AUGGGUGAUUCCUACCUGCCUCUCCGGUGGGAGAGCACCGGCGACCAGUGGUGGUACGCCUCGCCCAUCGACUGGGCCGCAGCCAAUGGGCACUACGAUCUCGUCCGCGAGCUCCUCCACAUCGACAACAACCUCCUGAUCAAGCUCACCUCCCUCCGCCGGAUCCGCCGUCUCGAGACUGUCUGGGACGACGACGCCCGCUUCGCCGCCGCCGCCCGCUGCCGCUCCGAGGUCGCCCGGAGCCUCCUUCUCGAGUGCGAAACCAAGAACGGAAAGAACUCCCUGAUUCGCGCCGGCUACGGCGGCUGGCUCAUGUACAGCGCCGCCUCCGCCGGCGACAUGAGAUUCCUCCGGGAACUGCUGGACAGAGACCCCCUCCUGGUUUUCGGCGAGGGCGAGUACGGCGUCUCGGACAUACUCUACGCCGCCGCGAGGAGCAAGAGCUCUGAGGUCUUCCGGCUUCUCCUGGAUUUCGCCGUCUCCCCGAGGUGCCCCCCCGGCGGCGCCGCCUGGCCGUUGCAGGAGAGCCCUGGGGACAACAUCUUGGCUUUCAGGUGGGAAAUGGUGAACCGGGCCGCUCACGCCGCCGCCCGAGGGGGCAACCUGGAGAUCCUCCUCGAGCUUCUCUCCACCUCCUCUGAUCCCCUCGAGUUCAGAGACGUCCAUGGCUCCAGUGUCUUGCACGCUGCCGCCGGCAGGGGCCAGGUCGAGGUGAGUCUUUUUUUUUCCUCCAUGAGGAGUCAGACCGAUCUGGGUUCGAGGUGGUGGUUGUGAUCGGGGGGUUUGCUCAUCGGCGGCGCAGGUGGUGAAGGGGCUCGUGCCGUCCCUGGACAUCGUCGAUUCCAGAGACUACGAAGGGAACACAGCGCUGCAUGUGGCGGCGUUCCGAGGCCAGCUGCCGGUUCUGGAAGCGCUGAUGGCGGCGUCACCGUCGAGCGCCGCCUCGACCAACAACGGCGGGGACACAAUCCUCCACCUGGCGGUGGCCGGCUUCAGGACCUCCGGCUUCCGGCGGCUGGACCGGCAGUUGGAGCUCGUCCGGCGGCUGGCCGCCGGCGACCUGGUGAACCUCGAGGAGAUGCUGAACGCCAGGAACGGCGAUGGGAGGACGGCCCUCCACUUGGCGGUAGCCGGAGACGUGCCUGCCGAGCUGGUUGAGCUGCUGGUCGCCGUCCCCUCCAUCGACCUGAACGUCCAGGACGUCGACGGGUCGACGGCGUUGGAUCUCCUCCGGCGGCGCCCGAGGUCGGCGUCGACGGAGAUUCUGAUCCGGCGGGUGGCCUCCGCCGGAGGGGUGUCGAGCUCGCUCCGGCCGGCGGCGGUGGCGGCUUCUUCAUCUUCUUCUUCUUCUCAAUUGAAGGGUCGGCGGCAGCUCGGUGGGUUUCCUUGCAGCCCGGGGACCGCGUUCAGGAUACCCGACGGGGAGAUGUUCCUCUUCACGGGUCUCGGAGGCUCGGACGCCGGCGACGGGGGGAGCCGGAGGUCCAGUUCCUGCUCGAGCGAGCCCUCCAGUGCCGGUAGCAGUGGUGGCUCUUCCGCCGGGAACAAGGAGAAGAAGACGCGGAGCUCAGUCCACUCCGCGGCGAAGCACCUCAAGUUCCUGUUCACGUGGCCUCGCCGGAAGGCGAGGAAGGCCGGAGAGGUUGCUGUUGGGGAGUCGGGAGACGACGACUCCUCGGGCUUCCGGACGCCCCUCCGGCAGAGGUUCUCCCAGCCGGCGGCGCCGUCCCUUCAUGCCAACAAGAGGGUGCUCGCCCCCGGGCCGAGCCCAUCGACGAAGGAGAAGCUCGCCGACGGCACGACGCCGCAGAGUUCGCCGGCGUACUCCGUCUCGAGGUCGUCGGCCUCUGCCCACUCGGACCAGCAGAAAGGCGUCUGCUUCGAAGACGAGGCCAACGCGCCGCCCUCCUGCUCAAAAUCUUCAUCCGUCAACGGCACACCGGCCACCACCCCCGGCGGCGGGUCCUCUGCCUCCCAGGGGCUGGGUUCCCUGAAAACGAGGCUGGUGAAUAGGUACCUGUGCUUCGGGGCGCAGGGGCUGGCGGUGCCAGAUCCCCGCGACGGGCGGCGGUCGAGCAGCUUCUUCAGGCGACCGGCGCGUUCGCCUGCCUGA